UAUCGUUACCAGUUAUCACCGAUUCGGAUAUGUCAAAAGUUCUUUAGUAAAGAAAUAACGUGUAUGAUACAUUGUGAUGCAUUUCGCCUACUGGAGAAAGAAAAUGAAGUCUCCUAAAUUCGUUAUAACUGUUUUAAUCGUGAUAACUAUUGUUGUGUUAUAUGCCAGGACUUCAGCAUCGGAACCAAGAAUUGAGCUCGAUGCAAAGCGAGGUAUCUAUGAGCAGGACAUUCCAGACGCCGCCGCUGGGGGGCUGAGUACACAAGACCUGUAUCAUGAGAUAGAGAAACUCAAGGCCAAGAUUCAUGAACUGGAGAAAGGGAGAAAGGUGUAUCCUAGGGUGCCUAUACUCAACUACAAGGACAGGAAGAGGAUUCUGAUCACAGGAGGGGCAGGGUUUGUUGGUUCCCAUCUGACAGACAAGUUGAUGAUGCAGGGACAUGAGGUGUAUGUGGUGGAUAACUUCUUCACUGGACGCAAGAAGAACGUGGAACACUGGAUCGGCCACGAUAACUUUGAGCUCAUCCACGCUGAUAUUGUCAACCCUCUAUUUAUUGAAGUGGAUCAGAUCUACCACCUGGCCUCCCCUGCCUCGCCCCCCAACUACAUGUACAACCCAGUGAAGACACUGAAAACCAACACCAUCGGCACCAUCAACAUGCUCGGCCUGGCCAAGCGGUGUAGGGCCCGACUAUUGCUGGCCUCCACAUCUGAAGUGUAUGGAGACCCAGAGGUGCAUCCCCAAACAGAGGACUACUGGGGCCAUGUGAACCCUAUAGGACCACGGUCGUGCUAUGACGAGGGCAAGAGGGCCGCUGAGGCACUGUGCUAUGCUUACAAGAAACAGGAGAGUGUGGAGAUCCGUGUGGCGCGUAUCUUCAACACGUUUGGACCACGCAUGCACAUGAAUGACGGCAGAGUGGUGUCCAACUUCAUACUUCAGGCUCUGCAGAACCAGCCCAUCACUAUCUAUGGGCAGGGUGAGCAGACGCGGUCGUUCCAGUAUGUCAGUGACCUGGUGGAUGGCCUGAUAGCCCUCAUGAAUAGCAACUACUCCCUGCCUGUCAACCUGGGCAACCCCGAUGAGUACACCAUCUCCCAGUUUGCUGAGGAGAUCUUGAAACGUGUCGGUGGAAGCAGCAAAAUAAUCCACAAGGAGUCACCUAUUGAUGAUCCCAAGAAGCGCAAACCAGACAUCACCCUGGCCAAAAACAUCCUUAAUUGGCAGCCCAAGGUGAAGGUGAUGAAUGGAGUGGACAAGACAAUAGAAUAUUUCCGUGAGGAGCUACGCUAUUCCAACCUGCUGCCUAACAACCAAGUUUGAUCACCUUCUACUCAACUAUAGAUUCAAAGCUUAGAGCUCAGGGAACCAGAGCCUUGUAAUAAAAGUCCUUAACAUACUUUUAUAUUAUCCAUUUUUAAAUCAGUAUGUUUAUUUUUAGAUAGGUAUUGUCAUAGCCAGCUCGUUGUCCGACGUCCGCGUCGUGUUAAAACCUUAACAUUUUGUUAAGGUUUUAAACAGUGGCUCUAAAAUCAAAUUGCUUCCAUCUACAACUUUGAAACUUAAUAUGUAGAUGCACCUUGAUGCGUUCUACACACCACACCCAUUUUUGGGUCACUAGGUCAAGGUCACUGUGACCUUAAAAAAAAAAUAAUCUGACAAACUUUCAUUUAUUCAAAACUGCACCCGUAGCCGAGUGUGGCACACCUUAUGCGGUGCUCUUGUUAUUUAUGAUAUAUAUUCACAAUUUUUUUACUCUUAUUUAUAACGUUUUAAUUUAACAUGAAAAAGCCACUUUUUAUAAUUUUUAUGAGUUUGUGAUAUUUUCUUAUGAUGAUCUUAGUUUUAAUGAUACCAAGUCAAGGCUGUCGAAGUCUUAAGACCAUUAUUAUCAUGUGUGACUGAUGUAUUUGCAAUUUUGACUGCUGGAAAUUGUAAAUGAGAUUUCCUUCAGUGCAUGCUUGCAUGAACUUGUUUGUAUUACAAAUUCUCCUGCAAAACCUCUUGACAGAUUUUAAUAAAACUUCACAGGAAUGAUCCUUGGGUGACCAAGUUUGAUUGUUAAAAGUGUUCCUGUCCAUUGCAUAUGUAAGCUACCACUGCUAAACAUGGAUUUUUGUAAAUAAAAAAAAUUAAAAAUCUUCUCUAAAACCACAACAGUAAGGGGUUGACUAUUUAAUGGUUACAUUGUAUAUCAUCUAAUGGUCCUCUACUAAGUUUGUUAAAGUCUUGUCCCUACUGAUUUUUCUCGUUUAUAUCAUACACAUUUGUUAGCAUAGUUUGUGUGUGCUAUUUUUCAUAACUUUUUCAGAAUUUGUGUUCUAUUUUUUUAUGUGAACCUGAUAGCAAAAUUGCAUACAAACAUAAAAAAUAAAGUUGUGCAGCCUGCAUUAUGGGUAAGCAUGGAAAACAUGAUUUGUCUGUUUGUACUAUUAUGUUGUACAAAUUUUAACAGCGUUUUGAAAGCAAACGAUACUUACAUGUAUUUGUGUAAGUGAUGUUGAAUUUUGUAGUUCAACCAAAUCUAAUAUUGGUGUGCUUAUGUUAUCGAGUCUAUUUAUUACGCUGUUCAUUGAUAGAAUAUUUAAUGUGCACAUAGUGCUAUCAUCCAUGUAUGGCUUGUGACAGUGUAAGGUUGCCUAUGAUUGGUAAUUUGUUCAAGUGCCAUAUACAUUACUUGUAAUGCUAACCUGUUAAAUAAGUAUCACAAGUUAACAGAAAAUUUAGCUUUGAUUGAUUUAAUGAUGUUUUCAAUAUAUUAGUAUUUAUAGUUUGAUUUUUUUAUUCAGUUUUGAUUUACAAGGCAUGAAGGCGAAGUCCUUUUUUAUGGUGUAUGUGGUAAAAACUUUAAUGAAAUUUGAUUGUAACCAAUAAAACAAAAAUAAAAUGCUUUAGAACGAAAACAAUACUAUCAAUAAUAAAAAGUUAUCUAUUAAAAAUUGUUUAUUUUCUAAAUUGCGGGAUUGGUGAGGUUUUAGACUGUGAAAUGUUUUCUAUGUGUGAAUAUGUAUAUUACAUAUAUUUUACUUUUCAUUAUCAAAUGCACUUAUUUUGAAACCUUGAGUUGUUUUAUUCAACAUUAUACAUUUAUGGAAUAAUGUUAAAUGAAGACCCACCUGAAAGCAAGUUAUACAUACAUGAAAUGUAAAGAUAAAAUGUAUAACUUUUGAUUGACCAUUUAAAAGUGUUGUAUGAUAUGCACGUUUUAUUUAUCUUUUUGUUAUUGUGAAAUCCUGGUAUAUAUUAUAUUGCUUGUUCUUCUAUAGAUGUGUAAAUGUGUGGUGGUGGAUAAAGCAUGUGAUAGAGUUUUUUGCUUGAUUGUAUUUCUUUUUACAUUACUUUGUUCACUGUUUCAACUUGUUUACAUCUUUGUAACAGGAAAUCAAUUAAAUUACAACAUACAUGUAUGUGUCAUACGAACUAUAUAUAUACCAGAAGGCUUCAAUUAUAAUUGGUGUUACGAGUUUGUACCAGUGCAUAGUUUUAAUAACGUGUUGUGGUUUAAAUUCCCUUCCUCUGUUUAAUUUGCAAAAUAUACAGGGAUGUUGCCCAGCAGUGCGAUAUAUCCUCCAAUUCGCCUCUGUAAUUUUCCUUCAGAUAUCAAACUAAAUUUAAUGUGUUAUAUUAAAAGAUCGUUUUUUAGACAGGGAAUAUUAUGAGAAAUACUUCACAUUAUCGUGUACAUAGUUUUGCCAUGUUUGUUAGAAGGGAAACAAUAUAGAAAUCCAUCAUCAAACCCUUUUAGCUCUGACAGAGAGGCUCUGACAUUCUGGGCAUCAUUUUAGCACACAUUCCAUCACAAACUCAGAACCUUCCGAUAGUGCAUGUUGUUAAAUCAACAUCAUUAUACAUGCUUAGUUUUAUGUUAAGAACAUAUCUUGGUGUGAAAUAAACGUGUUUGCUACUUGA